UUCUCUCAAUAACUUGUGUGUCUCUUUGGCCGGCUGUCUAAACCCGACUAAGCAUCACUUGUUCUCCUUAUAAAUAGAGGCCCUCCAAGAGCAGCAUUCUACAGCAGAAAAACCAAAAAAAUAAAAAUACCUUUUCGUCAAAUAUUCUUCUAUUUUUCUUAGUUUUCUCCAAAAACCUUUUUCAAUGGCAAUUCAAGCAUUGUCUUUUGCUCCCCUUCUCUUCCUCAUGCUCAUCAUCAAACUUCAGUUGCAUGGCACCGCCGCCAAUUACGGUGGCUGGCAGAACGCUCACGCCACUUUCUACGGCGGCGGUGAUGCCUCGGGCACGAUGGGAGGAGCUUGUGGUUAUGGGAACUUGUACAGCCAGGGGUACGGAACCAACACUGCAGCUUUGAGCACGGCCCUAUUCAACAAUGGCUUGACAUGUGGUGCUUGCUACCAAAUGAGGUGCAACAAUGACCCCAGAUGGUGCCUCCCCGGCACCAUCACCGUCACCGCUACAAACUUUUGUCCGCCUAACUUCGCCUUGUCCAACAACAACGGUGGGUGGUGCAAUCCUCCCCUCCAACACUUCGACUUGGCGGAACCCGCUUUCCUGCAAAUUGCACAGUACCGCGCUGGAAUCGUGCCCGUCGUCUUCAGAAGGGUCCCAUGUGUGAAGAAAGGAGGAAUAAGAUUCACCAUCAACGGCCACUCUUACUUCAACCUGGUUUUGAUCACCAACGUCGGCAGUGCAGGGGACGUCCAUGCAGUCUCCAUCAAGGGCUCCAAAACAGGUUGGCAAGCCAUGUCAAGAAACUGGGGCCAGAACUGGCAAAGCAACUCAUACCUCAAUGGCCAGAGCCUUUCCUUCCAAGUCACUGCCAGUGACGGAAGGACGGUGACAAGCUUCAACGUGGCGCCCGCCGGUUGGCAGUUCGGUCAGACAUUCGAAGGGUCUCAAUUCUAAAUUCUAAUCGGAUUAAGUAAGUUUAGUUAUAAUUUCAAAAAAGAAGAAAUAUUGUAUAUCAUUAUAUCUAUAAGUCUAUAUUCUGCUUCUUUCCCAAGUUUGAGAAGGCAGAGUAAGUCCUCGCCCUAGGAAAGCUGUGGUGACUAAAUAGCACCCGCUAGGCCUUUUCACAAUUUAAAGAGUUCUGAGAAAUGUUUUAAUUUUCCUAUUGUAGGGAAUUAUCUCAUUUCUCGGUUGUAAGUUGUAACCUUGAUUAUAAUAUUUAUAAGAACAACACAUUUUUAUGGAUGUCAGAACUGUAGAA